AUGGAGACCUCGCAUCGGACUCUGCUUCGCAAAGCCGCAGCCGACCGUGGCCAUGCGUUUGAGGCCAAGUGCGUCAAGGAGCUCGGCAAGCAUGUGCUGAGCGAUAGCAAUCUCAUCGAUGCCUGCCCGCCUCCUACUUUUGUGCUCUCUGGCAACUCUAACUACGACGAUUCGGGCGGCCUGCAGCUCCUGAUCAUGGGCGUUGAGAUAGCCACCUCUGUCGCCGGAUCAGCAACACCUGGUGUCGACUUGCCGCUCCCGGGUACAGUCUUUGUCGCCAAUCCCAAGUUCCAUGGCAUGUUCUACAGCGCUGAUGACGACGUCCUUCACGACUUUGGUGAGCUAGUGAACAGCAUGUGGGAGCCCGAUGUGCUCGUGCUGCGGAUACGCGACGACAGGGUGUGCGAAGUCGCCGUCUGCGACAUCAAGGCCACCGAGACCCACCGCUGCUCGCACAUUGUCCAGGUCUGGCUGUACGUCACCCAGCUCCAGCGCCUUUUGGCCAACACCAGCAUCAUCGAGGGCAAUGCGACGACGCCCUUAAGUAAUCGCUUUGCCGUCUCGGACACCGCCUACAUCUGGCGGCCGAGCGGAGUUGACCCAGUCUACCUCCCACCGCUCGCUAAGAGCAUCGACGCCAAGCUGAAAUUCGUCUCUCAACAGCUAUCGUAUGAGGCAGACACCGAGGCGUCGUACAACCUCGGCCCCUCUUGCUGCGACCCGAGCAAAUCGGUGAGCUUCCCAUGCCGCGAUCGCGCAAAGUGCGAUGGCCGCGUCGCCGCUUACCCACAUCCCGCCCGCGAUCCCGAAGCCUGCAACGCUGACACUACCGUGCGAGCGGCAAUUGCCGAACAUGAGCCCAAGGCCUACUUUGGGGCGCGCUCGACGAUGCUGCCCGCCAUGGGGGGCGACUUCCCCACCGCGAGGCUGGUCUGCGCCGUUCUCCCGCGGUGCCCGCGGAGCGACGCGCCAUACUCAUGGGCCCUUUGCUCCACCAACACUACAUAUCCCAAGCCAAAGGUCUAUCUCGGUGAGCCUGCUCGGAACAUGGACGAUGUGCACGCGGCUGAAGCAAGAUCGUCGAUGAUCCCCAACUCGGCGAUUGCGCUCGUCAGGGCUCUGUCGGAGUUGUUUGGUUUUGAGAACAACACGGCCUCCAUUUUCCGGGGGCAGAUUGUGGUUGCUUCCGGCCGUGAGAAGGAGGUCAUGAUCUCGAUGCUCAAGACGGUCGCCACCGCCGAUGCUGGCCUCGACUGUGGCGGGCGCCGCAUCUGUACCCAGGCCCGCCAUCUGCUCGCCAACUUUGCCCGCGAGGUCGACACCGCAGCUGUGAUCACCCAGCCUUCCCCGAGGCUGUGUCGCGACUCUGCCCUCCCCACCGUUGUCGUCCUCGAGCAUGCGGUCCGCGAGCUGGUUGCCCUCCCUGCCAUCGGCAUAUACAACUUUUCCGACAUUGCGAUGUUUCUGGGCGGAAUCGACGCAGAGUUAGCGCACAAGCUCGACGAUGACGCCGAGCCAUAUACGCUCUGUCACCCCGAGUCGAGGGGCGCAGGCGCUGCAAAGAAGUACUUUGUCAACAAGGCCAACGCCAUCAUGGCCUCGAUCACCAAACUCCGCGAGCUUGCCACUGAGAAGGCUUUUUGCAUGCCAGCGCCGAUCAUCCAGGCUGUGCACAAGGAGAACACCAGGCCUUCGCGCAGUGAAAUGCUCUUGUACCUCUCCCGGGCCAAUGUCUUUGCCAACCAGGCUCUAGUGUGGCGCCACGCAACUCAGAUGCAUGCGCUUGUUGCCGGCCAAGCCCUGCCUCCUGCCGUAGGCAUCUCCUCAGCCCGCUGCAUCGUCGGGAGGGUCUCCGAGGUGUAUAGCGGCGGAAAGGCCGAGAUCGAGGUCACAUACGGUGGACACUACGCGGAGGUGGACGAAGGCUGGUUUGCGUGGACGGCCGACUCGAGCAAUUUCUCGUCGCCUGCGCUGCCUGGCAACGUCGACAUCAUUGAUGUCCAACUUAACCGUCUCACCAUCACGCCUACAGGCAACAUCAGUCUGACGCACAACACAAGGAUCGGCCUUAUCAAGCCGCAAUUCAACUUUGACACGUACGUGGAAGAGCAGCUGAAGCUCGGUGACGCAGCGAACAGCGCGAUCGAGGACGUUGUGACUGCCGGCGAGGGUGUCCAGGUCUUGACGCGAACUCUCAUCCCCACGUACAACCGAGCCAAGGUUGUCAACGACAUUGCUGCGCUCACGCGGGUCCAUCCUAUUCUGCUGGAUGAGACCCAGAAGACCGCCAUCACCAACUGCUGCGUCAAGCCCGGUGGCGUGUCGGUCAUCUUUGGCCCGCCCGGAACCGGUAAGACCCACACCACGCUCAUCCUGCUGCUGAUCAUGGCCCAGACUCAGCCCUACCGGCUCAAAGUCCUCUUUGUGGCGCGGAACAAUGUUGCGGUGAUAGGAGCAAAAACCAAGUUCGAUAAGCUGAAGGGCUCGGCAAAGAAGGCCGGGUUGAGGAUCGACAUCGACGUCACCUUUCGCACGGCGUACAAGGCCGGCAAGGAGUUGGGCGAGGACAAGCGCAAGCUGCGAAGCAUGGAUGUGGUGUUUGUGGAAGAGGCGUCGCUGCUGUCGAUGUGGACAAUGGCGCCGGUGCUGGCAUGGCGCAAGCUGACCGGGCGGAUCAUUCUGCUGGGCGACUUUAAGCAGCUUCCGCCCAUCUGCGCGCUCGAGCCCAUAACGCCCGAGGUCCGCGCGUUGUGCGGCUCGAUCCUCGACGCCGCAGUGCCUGCCGAGGUGCGCACCGAGACGGCAAGGAACAAUCUGCCUGACCAUGUCCACAUGCUCGCAGUCAACUACCGCCAGUGCGAGACGCUGGCCGAUGUCUGCUCAUUCGGCUACCCGGAGGCGUAUCGCUUCAGUGGCACCAACCCACAGCUGCCAUGGCGCGAGCACGAGGCGGCGGACGAGUGCUGGGCGGGAGCCCUUGUGUCCAUCCUGCUCGACCCAGCUUCUUCCAUUCCGAACUUUGCUCAGUUCGAGGCAAAGACGGUUGUGAAUCUGAUCGUGGGCGUGACCAACUUCAUGGAGGACAGCCCCCGCCCCGGAGACGUUUUGAUUGUCGCGCCGCACCGCACGCAGCGGGCGACCAUCCGGCGCGAGCUCGACAAGAAAAAUAGCUUGCUCGCCAACGUCGUCGUCGACACCACCGAGAGGCUCCAGGGGAGCGAGGCUCACAUGGUCAUCAUGUGCUACGGCGGGCUGUCACCUGCUGACAUCGACGUCGAGGCCGGCUUUAUCUUCGACGACCAGCGGAUCAACGUCGCCGCGUCGCGGGCGAAGAGCAAGCUCGUCAUUUUCUACAGCAGUGCCAUCAUGAAGCCGCCUCUCUCCGCGCUCACCCGGCCCGAGUGCCGGAAGGGCUUUGGGCGGUUCCAGCAGCUGCUCAAGAGAGCGAGACGGGCGCGGGUGCCCACCACCGCCUCCCAGACCUACACUGAGUCGAGCGAAGACCAAUAAGCACAACGCACAUGGGCACUUCCUGCUACGGGGCAUAGUCCGGCCACGCCGUGGGAUCCAGGCCCUUGUGGUAGAACCGAAGCCCAAAGUAGACGGCACCGGUCGAUGGCGACGAGGCUUGCAGGGUGAUUGGCUGCUUGUUAAGGUACCCGAGCGCGUUGACCUUGAACGGGCCGAGCUUGGCGUUGAACUGGGCCCAGUCCAUGACGUUGCCAUAAAUGCGAAACGAGUACGA